AUAGAAAUAGUCAGAAGUGGCUCAAAAAAUCUAAUAUUUCUCCCUGGCACGAGAUCUAGACACAGGCGCACAGUAAAUCUUCUCUAUAUACCCAAACAACAGUCAUUCGUUUAUCCCAGUUUGUUUUAGCUGUGACUGCAACAUCCACAAAUAUAUAGAAGCAUCUCUCAGUUGAGUUGAACUAGUGCUGUUCAGUAGGCUAGCUGUCAAACAUUUUGCGUGCCGGGUGGUCGAUAUUAGACCAAGACGAAACACUUCGAAUUGCGUGGAAGCCCAAAGGAGAAAAGAUGCUACCGACUCGUGUGGGAAUCACCGGGCUGACAGCAUGUUGCCUGGUGUUGCUCUCCCACUGUUUUGCUCCUACAGAUGCUGCGUAUACAUGUGGGACAAGUCAGUUCAGGUGUGGCAACGGGAAAUGUAUCACCAGCCGGUGGGUGUGUGACGGAGGUGAUGACUGUGGUGACGGAACUGACGAGCUGCCAGCCGCCUGUGAGGCUAAGACCUGCCUGCCCACUGAGUUCAGCUGCGGAGGCCCACUGAACAAGUGUAUCUCCGGAACGUGGCACUGUGAUGGCAAAGCUGACUGUGACAAUGGAGCUGAUGAGAAGGGCUGUGCCGCAAAGAACUGCACCGACAACGAGUUCCGCUGCUCCAACGGUCAGUGCAUCGCCGUCUCCUUCGUGUGCGACAAGGACAACGACUGUUCCGAUGGUUCUGACGAGACUUCCUGUCCCACCGCCACCUGCGGUCCCAACGCCUUCCAGUGUAACAACACUGUGUGUGUCCCGCGUCUCUGGGCCUGCGACGGCGACGCCGGUUGUGCCGACGGUUCAGACGAGUGGCCCCAGAACUGUGGCGGGAGGGACACCAAACCGACAACAAAGCCCUGUGGGCCACAUGAAUUCCACUGUGGGAGUGGGGAGUGUAUCCAUAGGAGUUGGAGCUGUGAUGGAGGCAAGGACUGUCAGGAUAAUUCAGAUGAAACCAACUGCAGUCGGCCCACUUGCCAGCCAGAUGAGUUUCAGUGUAAUGAUGGCUCCUGUAUCCAUGGUAGCCGUCAGUGUGACCGCCAGUUUGACUGCAGGGAUCUGAGUGAUGAGAUGGACUGCAAGAGCGUGGAUGCGUGUGAGGGCCCGAAUAGCUUCAGGUGUAAGAGUGGGGAGUGCAUCACCGUGGACAAGGUGUGCAACGGGAAGAAAGACUGCCGAGACAUGUCCGACGAACCUAUCAGGGAGUGUGGCAACAACGAGUGUUUGACCAAUAACGGCGGUUGCUCUCACACCUGUACCGACCUGAAGAUUGGCUUCAAUUGCUCCUGUCCUGCUGGGUACAGUCUGGGGAAGGACAACAGGAAAUGUGAAGACAUUGAUGAGUGUGCUGACCCAGACACCUGUACCCAGAUCUGUGUGAACAUCCUGGGAAGUUACAAGUGUGAGUGUGAGGAGGGCUAUGAACUGGACCCCAAGACCAAGACCUGCAAGGCUGCCACAGGUACUGUCCCCUACCUGUUGUUCACCAACCGCCACGAGGUGAGGAAGAUGACUCUGGACCGUAGAGAGUAUGUCCCUCUCAUCCCCAGACUGAAGAACGUGGUGGCCCUGGACAUGGACAUGCCUGGACACAAGAUCUUCUGGUCUGACCUGUACCACAGGAAGAUCUACAGCGCCGACAUGAACUUGGCAGGGAACUCCUCCCACCACAACGUGGUGAUUGACAGCCAGAUGGAGGUGCCGGAGUGCCUGGCCGUCGACUGGAUUCACGGUAACAUCUAUUGGACGGACAGUGAGCUCCAGACCAUCUCCGUGGCAACAACGGACGGAACACGGCGAAAGACACUGAUCAGCGAAGGACUGGAGAAACCAAGAAGCAUCGUGGUGGACCCAGCCAAUAACUUCAUGUACUGGACUGACUGGGGCAACGAGGCCAAGAUCGAGAAGAGUGGGCUGAACGGAGCCGACCGCGUCGCCUUGGUAACGGACAACAUCAUGUGGCCCAACGGCAUCACUCUUGACAUGGUUAACCAGCGUCUGUACUGGGUGGACUCUAAGAUGCACACCCUCUCCAGCAUCGGCGUAAACGGAGAAGGACGACACACACUCAUCUACAACGAGGACAAGCUGGCUCACCCCCUCUCUCUCGCCGUCUUCGAGGAGAAAGUAUUCUGGACCGACAUGGGCGACAGAGCGGUCAUGAGCGCCAACCGCCUGACAGGAAAUGACAUCACUGUACUGGCGGAGGACCUGAUGCAGCCAGAGGACAUCAUUGUAUACCACAACCUCAAGCAGCCCAUCGGAAAGAACUGGUGCACAGAGAAAAACUUUGUGAAUGGAGGUUGUGAGUUCCUAUGUCUACCUGCUCCCCAGAUCAACCAACACUCCCCCAAAUACACCUGUGCCUGUCCUGAUCACAUGACCCUCGGCCUGGACAUGAGGAAGUGUGUGGCAGCUCCAACAACUACCGCUCCCUCCACCACUCCCAAAACUGCAACUCCCAUCCCUACCAGGGUCCCAACCAAACAGCCAGCUGGUCCCACUUCCACCACAACUACAACUACCACAACUACCUCCUCCGCCCGCCGGGCCCAGCCUCAGGACCCUGAUAGGUCCUCGACCACUCACAGUCCACAGGAAACUGCGGUCACAGGUCAAAGUGGCUAUGUUGCCAUGCCCAAAGUAGCUGAGGCAUCACACCAUACUGUGCUCUACAUUGUCUUACCUAUCAUGAUGAUGUGCCUGGUGCUGUUUGGUGCAGUGUUGCUAUGGAGACACUGGAGGCUGAAGAACACCAACACCAUCCACUUUGACAACCCCGUGUACCAGAAGACCACAGAGGACGAGUUGCACAUCUGUAGAAACCACAGCCAGGACGGAUACACCUACCCACAGAGACAGAUGGUGAGCCUGGAAGAAGACCUGGCGUGACUAGUAGAAGAAGAAGAACAAGUGGAUAUGAAGAAUUGUAUUUAAAGAGAUUGUUGUUUGAAAAAGUGACAAACAUAAACCGAUGGAGGUCAUUUUAACCCUAAUGCUACUCACACGUCCUUUCCAAUCCAAUGACGAUGACCUCAUCUCGAUGACCUAAGUUCCUGGCUUCCUGUUCCGAAGAUUCCGUUCCGACCUCAACACUGUGCUGCCAUCCAAGACGAA